UUAAAUUUUGAUCAAGAAUUAAUAAUUUCUACACAAAGACCACCAAACAUGUCUUCUAAAGAAGAUACGAAAGAUCAACUACCAAUAAACAGAAAUUCCGUUCAUCCUCUAAAUGUUAAGGGCACUUAUCCUACAGGUACGAAGCAAACUUCUCAAAAAGGUGGCUUUGGUCAAAAAGUCCAAGAACAAGAAAUCGGUCAUGGAUUCAUUCCAAGAAAGAGGGGUAGUAAAAUGAGAGAAAAAAAGGAAUUCGAAGAGUUGUCUCAGGAAGCUGAGAAAUAUUGA